AUGUCUUCAGAGUUCGAUAAGUUUAACGAGUGCUUAAAGGCAUCCUUCUGGAAGAACGUGAAAAACAACCGUGCCGAGCGGAAAGCCAACGGCACGGCAUUGAAAGUUGAACCAAAGCCAGAGGUAAAAAAUGAAUCCGAACCAGCGAUGCAAACGGUGGUACAGCAGCCCCAGCCACAGCUGCAGUCGAUGCGACCCACGCCCGUACCCGCACCCGUACCCGUUGUUUACAGCACAAAGUGUGAAUCGACGGUAAAUGCAUCACUGCAGGAGCUGCUGGAAAAAGAUCCGAAAUGUGAAGAAUAUGAUGACUAUAUUCCUCCGCGGGCGCCAAAAACGCCUCCCAUGGAGGACUACGAUGACAUGGUACCGCGACCGCAAACGCCCAUGGAGAUUCCCAACAUGGAUGAUGUUGUGGAAAUUUCCGACUCUCCGGAACGCUCUGGACGAAGGGCGCUGGAGAAGCUAAGCUCGAAAGAAACCAAAUCGGACGAACUGCUGCAGGAAAAGCUAUGGCAAUACUUCGGUCAUCGUGAUUUUAAAAGCCAGUUGCAAAAAGAAGCCAUCGAAACCAUCAUCGCAAGAACACGAGAUGUGUACGUUUCCAUGCCUACCGGAGCCGGAAAGUCGCUCUGCUUCCAACUACCCGGUGUAAUGCAGGAUAACAAGGUAACGAUAGUAUUUUCCCCACUGCUAGCGUUGAUCAAGGAUCAGCUAGACACAUUAGCUCGAAUUAAGAUACCGGCCGACUCGAUCAACUCAAAAAUGGGUGCUCGCGACCGCGAACGGGUAAUCAAUGACCUGAAGAGCGUGAAGACGGAUAUACGUUUUCUGUAUAUCACACCCGAGCAAGCGAAUACUGCCACAUUCAAGGACAUUAUGCAGCAUCUGGUCAAGUUCCGGAAGGUCGCAUACGUUGUGGUUGACGAAGCACACUGCGUCAGUGAGUGGGGACACGAUUUCCGACCCGACUACUUGAAGUUGGGCAAUCUACGGGCGGAAUAUCCUUCCGUGCCGUGGAUUGCACUGACGGCAACCGCUUCGAAGAGUGUAGUGGAGGACAUUUUCCAUAAUCUGCGCCUGAAGGAACCGGUGGCCAAGUUCAAAACGCCCUGCUUCCGGCACAAUCUCUACUAUGACGUAGUAUUUAAAAACUCCAUCCAAGACGACUUCCUGCAUUUGAAGGACUACAUCGAAAGCAUCCUUGGGAAACAGGACGAAGUGAAACCGAGCAAGCGUGCCUGCGGUAUCAUAUACUGCCGAACGCGUGAAAACACGGAACGUGUAGCGACAAAUUUGACGAAGCUCGGUUUACGCACGGUUCCAUAUCACGCGGGGCUGAAACAAUCCGAACGUGACCAGGUGCAGGAGGACUGGAUGGAGGGGAAGUACGUCGCGAUUGCGGCUACCAUCAGCUUCGGUAUGGGCGUUGAUAAAGGUUCGGUUCGGUUCGUUAUACACUGGGACAAUCCCCAGAAUGUGGCCGCGUACUAUCAGGAAUCGGGUCGGGCGGGUCGCGAUGGCAAAAAGUCUUUCUGCCGCAUUUAUCACUGCCGCGAUGAGUGUAAGUCGAUCGAGUUUCUGUUGCGGCAAGAUUUGCAGAAAUGCAAAGACACGCCGAAGGAGGACAGUGCCAAGCAGGCUGUGAAAAACUUCGAGAAAAUGGUCGAAUUUUGUGAAAGUGCACGGUGCCGACACCGGCUGUUUACGGACUACUUCGGUGAUGAUCCGCCCGACUGUCGGAACAUGUGCGACGUGUGCACCAACCCGAAGAAGGUGCAGAAAGCGAUCGACUACUUCCAGCAGCUGGCCUACACGGGAAAGCUGAAAACGAUGACGGCCUAUGAUGAUGAUCCGUCCGAUCUGUACGGUGGUGGUCGCAAGGGUUACGAAAACGACUACUACGAUGGGUGCAGCAGUGGCUACAGUGAUGGACGCGAAAAGCGCAAACAAAGUGAAUCGGCACUGCUGAUCCAGAAACAGUUUCUGAUUCGUAAAGCGGCCGCCGCGAAAGACAUGAGCAUGCAGCGAUCGGCCACUAUCGGGCGGGUAAAGUUUGCCAUGCAAACGCCGGUCAAGGUGAGCGGCCUAACGAUUGCCACGCGCGAAACGUACGUGACAUCGCUGGCCGAACUGAUGAAGAAAAAUGUGGAGAUCUGCAAAGGGGUCGACGAACCGGAUUACAGUCUAGCGUACAAGGACUUUGAAGAUAUUGCGGUUGAGAUGGAGUACGAGGCGUUCACUAAAAACACCGUCAAAAGUUUGUACCACCGAGCGAUUGUUAAGCAGGUAACGUCACUGAAAUCGGCCGUAGCAGAGAAAAUCUUACAUCCACGGGUGAAGGAGUACUGCCCGAAACAUCGGGCCAAUCUCGGCGGUGACUUCCGGACGAUAGAGGCUGAUCUCAAGCGUAAGUAUGGUGAGAGCAUCGUGGAGGAAAUGCGAUCGGAUGGGCACGAUAAGAAGCAUGACGGGCAUCACCAUCACCACCAUCAUCACCAUCACCGGAACGAACGUAACGGCGAUCGUAAGAGAAGCACCAAGUUUACGGCGAAAACAAGCACCUCCCGUGACCGUGACGGUCUCAACCAGUCGUCGAUCAGUUCCUACUUCAGUGCGAAAAACAGUGCGCCCUCCUCUUCCACGGCGCUGGCCAGCGGAAGUAAUUCUGGCCUGAUGACGAUCGAUGACGGUGACAUGUGGGAUGACGAUCAGCUGAAGGAAGGUGGCCGAUCGAACAGUGCGAAACUGGCGCCACCGGAACCGGCAACACUAUCGCUGAUUCGCUCACCACAGUCACCGCCCACUUCGCCGAUAUCACCACGUUCGCCACGCUCACCACGAUCACCUCCUUCGCGGAGAUCGCCACGUUCGCCUCGUUCACCCACGUCACCACGAUCGCCUCGCUCCCCGUCGGUAGAGUACGUUUCGAACGACCAAUACCAGGAGGUGAAGACGCGUCGACUAAGCGAGCACGGUGAACGGCACCGUCGAUCGACGUCCCGCACGCGAACGGCGUCCAAAGACCGUACCUAUCGUGAUCGUUCCCGUUCUGGUUCGAGGGGAUACUCGAGUGAGCGAUCGCGUACCAAGCAAAAAUCCACUUCCUACAAACGGUCGCGCGAGAGCAGUCGAUCGUACUCGCGCGAACGUUCCUACUCGUACCGAUCGGGUAGCUCCCGUUCGAGGGAUUGGGAAGAGGACGAGAUUGCGAGGCGUCGCAAGCGUAAAUAUGAGGAGGAGGAGUACGAUCGAGAGUACGAACGUGUGCCGUCAAAGUCAAGGGUGUACGACGAUGAGUACGAAGCCAACAACAAACAGCAACACCUUCAUCCCACACGGAGACCACCCUCACCCGAGGAGGAGUUCAGUUAUACCGCUCCCAAGAAGCGAAUAUCGCAUUAUGCUGAAACCAGUGGUUCCGCUGCCGCUGCGUACGGUAAAAGUUCGGCCUAUGGAUCGUCUGCUGCCAGUGGUUCGUCUUCCGGGUACAACAAUUACGCUCCUCACAAAACCACUGGCGGUGGUGGUGGUGGGGCCGGUGGCAGCGGUUGUGGCUCAUCCCAAAUGCUGAACAACGAAGAUAUGUGGGAUGAUGAUCCGGAACCAUCGUCGUCUAAUUCGCGAUCGAAGGAUCAACCUCCGUCACCGCCAGCAUCACCACCACCACCGUCGUCACCGUCCUCACCGCCACCGCCAUCAUCACCGCCACCAAUGUCACCCUCGCCGGAGCCGGAAUAUAUGCACACGAAGUACGUACCCCCGUCACCUGCACAUCGUCCACCGUCUCCCGCAUCAUUACCACAGCAAACAUCGAUACAUCACGACAAACAUUCGAUGCGCACGUACGAUCACCGAUCGCCGUACGAUGGAGCGCUCGAUCCACGGUUGACGGGUACACCAAAAAGUCCUCCCUAUUCCCAGCUAGCUGGCAGCGGAAGUGCCCUCUCGUCCGGGUCCGGGUGCGUGAAACCAUCGACGUCGGUGCAGUUUACGACAGCGGCACAAAUGCAUCUAAAUUCCCUAGCGAACAAACCAUCAUCAUUACCAGUGAGCACGAUGCAAACGGGAGGCCCAACAAUGGCCGGUGCGGUCAACGUGGCAAUGAUGCAGUCGGGCAUUGUUGGGGGUCCGAAACAGUCGUGCAUGAACACAGUUACCACGAACAGUGUGGCCGGUCCUUCCAGUGGAAAUUCAUCCAACGCUCAACAGCUUAUGGCCGGCACGUCCGGACAUACACCGGGCGGCGCACCCGAUUCGGCCGGCUCAACACCGUCCGGAACGCAGCUUGCCGAGAUGGAGAAGAAGAAGAAGAAUUUGGCCAGUUGCGUCAUACACUACCUGAUGCCGUACUAUCGUGAUCAAAAAAUCGAAACAAAGGAACUGUUCAAGGGGCUGGCGCGGAAGAUUUCGCACAAAUUCUACGAAGCCGAUGUUACUGCGGAACGCAAAGUGAAGAAGUACAUCGAUGAUAUGAUGGCCCACAAGGGUAUCAUUUCGAGCGAAGCGGAUUUUCCCAAAUAG